CGCCCCGGAGAAGGCCGCCGCGCGCACGCGCCUGCCUGCUGCCCGCCCGCGCCAUGAAGCUGCUGCGGCGUGCGUGGCGGCGCCGGGCAGUGCUAGGGCUGGGCGGCCUCGCGCUCUGUGGCGCCACGUUGUUGUACCUGGCGCGCUGCGUGUCCGACGGCGCCACGCCCGCCGCCGCCGUCCAGCCCCGAGCCACGGCCUUCUUGGCCGUGCUGGUGGUCAGCGCACCCCGCGCUACUGAACGCCGCAGUGCAGUGCGCAGCACGUGGCUGGCAGCGGGGAGGCGCGGCGGCCCCGGCGACGUGUGGGCGCGCUUCGUCGUGGGCACGGGUGGCCUGGGCUCCGAGGAGCGGCGCACACUGGAGCGCGAGCAGGUGCAGCACGGGGACCUCCUGCUGCUGCCCACGCUGCGCGACGCCUACGAGAACCUCACUGCGAAGGUGCUGGCCAUGUUGUCCUGGCUGGACGAGCACCUGGCCUUCGAGUUUGUGCUCAAGGCGGACGACGACUCGUUCGUGCGGCUGGAUGCGCUGCGGGCCGACCUGCGUGCGCGCGACCCUGUGCGCCGCCACCGCCUCUACUGGGGCUUUUUCUCUGGGCGCGGCCGUGUCAAGCCCGGGGGCCGCUGGCGCGAGGCGGCCUGGCAGCUCUGUGACCACUACCUGCCCUACGCCCUGGGCGGCGGCUACGUGCUCUCCGCUGACCUGGUGCACUACCUGCACCUCAGCCGCGAGUACUUACGCGCGUGGCACAGCGAGGACGUGUCGCUUGGCGCCUGGCUGGCGCCCGUGGACGUGCAGCGUGAGCACGACCCACGCUUCGACACCGAGUACAAGUCGCGCGGUUGCAGCAACCAGUACUUGGUGACGCACAAGCAGAGUCCGGAAGACAUGCUGGAGAAGCAACAGACAUUGCUGCACGAAGGCCGGCUGUGCAAGCGUGAGGUGCAGCUGCGCCUCUCCUACGUCUAUGACUGGUCAGCACCGCCCUCACAGUGCUGCCAGCGCAAGGAGGGUAUUCCCUGAGCCUCACCACCCCACCACCACCAUGCGCCAAGCUGUCAGGUCCUGGCCAGUUGUCUCUCAGAGCUCGGUGGUCUUCCAAGGGAACCUGGUUUAUCCGUGAACGGCAGGGCUUUGGGGCUGAUGCCUAGCAGCAGCCAGCAGCACCCAGGUCCCACCCCAUCGCUGCUUCUGUUGCAUACAGUAGCCAUCCUAAGGUCGACCAAGGGCAUCUGGCUGUGGAUUUGGAGACCCCCUAGAGGAUGCUAGUCCAACGUUAUCCUGUCAGUGAGCAUGAGCCUAGCUAGGGAGUGCCACCGAACAUGAGGGUGACAGGAACUUAU